CACAGGAAGCAGAGGAGCGCACCGCACAGCACCGCACGGCAGGAGAAAUUAUAACAAAAGGGAAAAAGGAUAUUGUGAAGAAAGUGAUAACGUAACGUUUUAUUAUUAUUUAUUUAGAAAAACUGAAACAUUAGGCAAACAGCAGUGUUUUAAAUCUAUCUGGAUGAGAUGGUGUUUCGUUUCGCCUAAAACAACUCUAAUCCAGCAAUCAUAACCCCGAAUAAUAAUUUGAGUUGGUGUAAAGUCUCAGGAAAGGUAUACAAUGGCGAAAUCUAAGAACUUUGGAAUCGACGCGCUGUUGGCGCACCGGGUGGACCGAGACAGCUCCCCGGGACUGUGUUCUGAGGACAGCCCUGUCUCGUGCCGCCGGUCGGAGACCCCAUCCCCGCGGAGGACCUCCAACGGUAUCCACAUUCAGACCGGAAUUAUCCCCAAACCGGGUCUAAUGAAUUUCGCUCACCAGGGACUGACCCAGCUGUCUCAGGGGGCCAUCCAUGGAAUGUAUCCCACACACAUGUACCCCAUCGCGGCCCUGGGGGGCCAGCAUACAGCCUUCGCCUACCCCGGCUUCGCCCAGCCCUACCCGGAACACCUAAAGGCAGCAUUUAUGGCUGGGUUCCCGCUAGAACACUGGAUUAGAGCUGGAAUGAUGAUGCCAAGACUCGGGGACUAUGGCGCCUCUCCUCCGGCAGGGCUGAUGGGGAAGUGUCGUAGGCCCAGAACAGCCUUCACCAGCCAACAGCUACUACAGCUGGAGAACCAGUUCAAACUCAACAAAUACCUGUCCAGACCCAAACGCUUUGAGGUGGCCACGUCUCUCAUGCUCACGGAGACACAGGUGAAGAUCUGGUUCCAGAACAGGCGUAUGAAGUGGAAGCGUAGCCGCAAGGCCAAGGAGCAGGCAGCCAAGGGCCAAGGGGACUCAGACUGCCCACGUGGGGGGAAGCAGGGCAGCAAUAGUGGGUCUGGAGACACCCGCAACUCUGGUACCCCGGACGAUGAAGAUCAGGAGGAUCUGGAAGCAGGGGAAGAUGUGUUAAGUGCUGGUACCUUAGGAGCUGGAGUAGUUUUAGCGUCUCACCCCACAGAUUUCCUGAGGCACACUGCUACAGAGCUCAGCUAUAGUUCUCAUGGUUCCUACUCAGACAAUGAACUAGAGGACAGUGGGCCUGGGCUGGAGAGAAGGGUUGGGGUGGGGUUAUGAGGAGAGUGGGCCUGGGCUGCAGAGAAGGGUUGGGGUGGGGUUAUGAGGAGAGUGGGCCUGGGCUGGAGAGAAGGGUUGGGGUGGGGUUAUGAGGAGAGUGGGCCUGGGCUGCAGA